GUGAAAGUUUGGCGUCGAGGCUGAAGGCCUCCUUGGAGGAUGCGCGGAGAGCGCCCCGUUUUCAAAGAGAAGACCAGGCGUCGCAGGUGAGUCCAAGUUUGCCGAAGGGAGGCCACCUUCGCGCCAGCAAGCCGCUGGAAGGUCUCACGCAGCUGGUCGAAGGGCGCUCGGGCUUCUUUGCAGAGCUGGCGAAGAGCGUUGGCUACGAGGUCCAGCGGCUGCUGCGCUUCACUCUCUUGGGCUACACCAACCCGCUCACGGAGGAGCUGGAGCGGAAAGCUCAGCAGCAGAUCUCCGAGGGCCUCAGGACUGUGCUCUCGCACCUGAGCACCUAUGUGGAUGAGGUCUUCAUGGCCUCGACUUCUCAGGUGCCGUCUCAGGAUUCCGAGGGCCUGCAGCAGCAGCUUGAUGCCAGCAUUUCCCAGGGCCAGGAGUUGCAGGAGGUGCUCGCCAAGAGCGACCGGAAGCUCCUGAAGAGCACCCAGCUCCAGAACAAGCUGCGCUCCAUGUACUACCAGGAUCUUGAGGCUCAGCGUACCCGGUUCAGGUCUCUCUUGUCGCGAUACCUCGAAUACUUCACGCCGGAGGACCUUGAAAUGGUGCAUGAUCUCAUGAACGUCCGCUUCUUCAACCCUGACUCUGCCUUGGACGAGGACACGGAGCAGCUGCUGCAGCGAAAGGCUGCAGCGCUGCAGGAAACCUUCAACACUCAGAAGGAGGGCCUCAUGCUGCAGCUGGCGGCGCUGAGCCGGGAGGAGACGGCGAUGCGGCAGAAGUUGGCCCUGGAGCAGAAGAAAGUGCGGCUGCUGCAGGCGCGCAUGGGCGAGGACGUCGACGAGGCUCUCGAGGAGGAAACGGCGACUCGCGAGGAAGACUCGGCGGGAAGGAGCCACAUGGCCUUCAUCAAGAUUACAGCCCUCGAGGACGCCUUGCAACAGCAGGCUUCCUGGCUUCAAGACUUGGACCGCAAAGACAAAAGUGAUGCACUGCAGCAAUUCCAGGUCCUGCUGCGACUUUGCCUUGAGAAGGCGGCAGCUGCAAAGGCUGCGCUCGAUGGGGUGCCGCCAGAUGAGCUGCAAGAGUCCUCGCUUGAGCGGCAAAGGGCCAACGUGGCCGAAAACUUCGCGAAGCUCGAGGAGAGCAAGAAGGAAGCGGCCGAGAAGGAGCUGGAGACGAUGACGCAGGCGCGUGCUCGCGCCGUUCUCGCGCCGGAUCGCGCGUGCUCUGGCGUGCUCGCGCUGUCGCGUUCUGCACUCCUUUGCCCCUUGCCGCCGCGAGGAGUUGGUGCGGCUGCGCAGCGAGGCGUUUCAGCGUUUCACACGCUUCGCACGCGAGACUGGCGAGACGGCCGAGAGGUGGACAGGGCGAAGAAGGAGGCCGUGGCGGUCUCCGCGGUUGGCGCGGUUAGCGAAAAGGAAGAGGGCCAGCUGGCUGACCCGGGAGCUGAGUCGGACGAAGGAGCUGCUGCAGUUCGGGGCCCCAGCCGCGCGGCCGGAGUCGCAGAAGAGCCGCAGCUUGCAGGAGAAGAGCCAAAGCUUGCGGAGGAUGGCCAAGAAAGUCGAGCGCCUGCAGGCAGUCGUCCUUGCUUCGCAGAUUUGGAUUUGCUGCUUCUUGGCACAUCGAGCGAGGCUUUGAAGCAAAAGAAGGAGGGCCACAGCAGCAAGAGAGAGACGAGCGAAGGCGAGGGCUUCUCCGAGCUUUCUCCGAGGGAGGAAGGGGAGGCUUCGGAGGAGGAAGGGGAAGACCCGGAGAGGCAGGACAGGGAGGAGGAGGAGGAGGGGCAACUUUCCGGCUCGGAGGAAAGCGUGGCGAGCCCUGUCUUGGGAACCGACUUCGAGUCGGCUGAGAGCGAGAGCAGCCCUGGCAGCCCUCCUCCUUCCACGAGACCGGCGGAGGCGGCGGAGGCGGAGGCUGCGGAGCAAACAGAAGGCGAGGCAGCGGUUCCAGCGGUUCCGGUAACGGAAGUCCCGCCUUCGGAAGAAAGCUGCGACUCUGCCCUUGCCCCCCUUGCCCCUUCGGGCCCGGGCUCGGAAGAGGGUCGGGUCGCAGAGGUCGCAGAGGUCACAGAGGUCACAGAGGCAGAGGCCUCACCGGCAGAGAUGGAGGCGGAGGCUCUCGCGGCCAGCCCGCAGGUGCGCGCUGCCACGUGCGCAAUUGCGGCUGCUUGUGGCUUGUUUCAGAGUGCAGACCUGCGAAGCGCGGAGCUCGAAAAGCGCGAUCUUUGGGGCCCCGGCUCCGUUUUCGGCCCGGAAGCGGCCGAAGAGGGAAGUUUGGGAAGCGAUGGUGCCCCGGCCGCGGCGCCGCGAGUUUCCAAGCAGCCGC